UGACGCUCUUCUUACAAUAGUUUUACAAAUACAUAGUAGACAAAACCAACGAUACCAACGGAUGCUGAGGUCGUUCUUCCAUCAAGAUCAAAUACAGAGCAGAGGAGCAGCAACAAAAUGACGUCCUCCCUCGUUGCCUGCUCUCCGACUUCUUCGUUGAUGGUGGAAGAUGACGCCAUCGCGUCAGCUGAUCAGGAGGCACAUUUACAUCAAGGAGAACAUGAAGAGGCCAAUCAAGCAAUCUUGUACUAUCAAGACAAUACACUUCUCGGCCCGUCGACAAGGAGGAGGUCCUCACGAAGGGGACGAAUGCUACACGAGCCGAAAUGCGACAUGGAAACUACAGGUUACACUACAGUGGAGGGCGACUCAAAUGUGCAGCAACAACAACAACAACAACAACAACAACAACAACAAAUAUACAACGACUACACUGACGUAUCAUAUCAAAAGAAACAAAGAGGGAAUCGUGCUACGGAAAAAUGGCUUGUGCCAAGCUAUACGCACUUUCCUUCGCCACCACCGCCAUCCCCGAAGCCGAAAUAUCAACAUAACUCGCCUAUGCCGGUAACGAUAUUAGAGAUCGACGCACAUUUUGCUGUGCUUGUUUUGCCUACGGUGGGGCUCGUUCGUUGUGCAGGAUCCAUAACCUAACCUAGCCUAGGAUAACAAGAUGUGACGUGUCUGCCAAUAUUUGUUUUUACCUCGUCCUGGUCUCUCAAAAUAAAUAACCUAGACAACAAUACACAUACAGGUCAGCGCCACCAAGAUUCACCUUCCUCGAUACUUGGACGAUGUGUCGAAAGCCUGCGCACGUAAACAGAAAUACGUGGACUUAAAAGAAGUUCUCAGUCCGCCACGCAUCUUUGGAAGUAGCUCGUCAAGUUGGCUGAAUAUGGAAACCUAUAUAUUGAAAAUCUGGCCUAUAAAGAUACUUGAGAUCAGCAGAUAGUGACUCCAAAAGUAUAGAAGCUUUUUAGCAAUUUACUUCAUAAACAUCUACAUCUAAUCCUCGUCCCCCAUCCAAAUCCGCCACGGGAGCAAGUGGCGCUCGAAAACGACCUCUGACCACACGCUCUCCGUCUCUAGGACAUCGCACUCUGGCUGGUGGCUUCGGACCCAUGCACACUCUACGUAGGCCACCGCGAGGUCAGCUUCAACCUUUUCGCGCGAACGAAGAGAUGACACAAAUUAAGGCUUACUCAUAUUCAUCACGUUAUGAGGCAUCUUGGAAGGGUUUUGUAAGGGAAAAUGGCUACCAAGAGCGACGCUCUUCUCAGGAUGGAUAUCGGUAAGGUCUAAAGAUAACGUAGUAGAAGAACAGCAAGAACAGCACCAAAACUCUUCAUCUACAACAGGCUCUACCUCAACCUCUCGAAGACCAUCUGGGUCUGCUGGGGUAGGCAUGCGAGGAUUUUCUGAUUAUCCUUUUGCGGUUGAUGAUAAUGACUUUUACAUCACUGGAGGUUCUGGGUUUGGUGGUCCAUCUUCGAGCUUUCAACGGUCUGCCUCUUCCGCUGCAUCUUCUUCGCCGGGAUUUCACAAUCAAGCUGCAGCCACCACUUCUGGGUGGCGACAACAACGACGCAAGAGCUUUCAAGACACGGCUGUUUUUUACGGGAAUGCGGAUGUUCCGCCUAAUCCAAAAAUAGAAAAUGGCCUCUACUUCGUCAACGGAAGUUCUAGUUUUCUGACGCGUAACAAGCCCACGCAGAAACAUGGCACAACGUUUUUUCUGAGGAGUGGACAUGUUCUGUCGCCUGUAGUUGAUCCGUCCAGGUCUACGGCCGCUAGUAGUAAAGGACCGCGAGUACAGCAGAGCAGCAGCAGGCAGAGCCAAAUUAGUACAAAGGAAGAGCCAGAGAUUGAUGCUCUACUUGGUAAACAAGGACAAGAAGGUGAACAACAGUCUUCAGAUGAAUUUGCGAAGUCAGUGGAUGACUCAGAGUUUUGCCUAUCGAAGAACGAAGAGAGUGCUGACCUUGACGUCAAAGCUCAUGAGGCUGCUGCGAUAAAUGUACUUUCUCCACUUACUUACCUCUGAAUGAGAUGUCGAUGGGGAUGCACCAGGUUGAGUAUUGAUUAGGUUGUAGUGUAAAAGAAUAUCCGAAACAGUGUAAAUAAGUUCUUUGGCCUUUCCAGGGCCAUAUCAUUACUUCAAAUACCAAACAGAUGAAUCCACCUCUCGGAUCCGCAUCCCCUCCGAUCGUAGUCCGGAUACCUGGCGCGCAGACCGCUUGCCCGAGCAGCAUGAACGAUUCCUGCAGCGAAGCAGAAAAUCAAGAAAGUGUGAGUGAUUAUGGCAAGGAUAUUCGAGUUUUUAGACCAUUACCCACGAGCAUGAUCGAGAGCAGGAAGGGCUCUCGGAUGUGGUCGGCGUGCCCUCGUCGAUGACACGCACCGGCAUGAGGAGCCUGCGGCAGUGGCCAGGCGAUGCCUCCGCACACGUGGUCCGGUGUAGUUCUGGCCAGAGCAUCGGCGCGCCCGCUCCUGGCGACGGGUGCGCUGGCAACCCCUAGCCCCUGCGCCCUUCGUUUGGAGAUACCAUCCCCGCCGCCGGCUGUCCGGGGCCGUCCCUUCUUGCCUUCAUCGCGCUGCGCGCCUCUCAGGGCACUUCUUGUGAAGCACGUGAGGGAGCUACAAAGGAAGCCCCCCAGCGACAUCAGCCUGUCAAGGAUAUGGCGCGGCCGCCUGGGUGGUCUGAGAGCGCCACCGCCGACGAUGUUGGAAGGCUUGAAAGGAUAGGGGUAUACUUAGCCUUGCCCCUUUUAAUUGACCGAGAAAAAACUGACCGAAGAAAGACGCUAACCCCCUCCGAUAGUUAGAGGGGUCUUCGCGGGCUGGCUUCAGAUUUUCGCAGCGUCUCCGCGACCUGCUCCGCGAUCUUGCAGCAGAGUCCGCGACGGCGAGAAGCCGCAGGCCGCCAAUUUUUUCGCCUCUAGUCUAGACCACCAGAGCAAGGGGCGACCCGGCAGCUUCGCAAAGAAAGGGAGGGGGGGGGGCGUGGGGCCCAUCCGAGUUACGAGAGGGCAGCCGUCAGACGUUAUUCGAGUCCGCGGCUCGCAGCCAAGUCGCCAAGGCGCGCCCGGAGUUAGUGCCGAGCUACUAAAUUGCAGGCCGGGGCCUUUCGCGUGGGCGCGGACUAUCACGGGCUGGGGUCUGUAGCCAUGUAGUUCCUGUCAUGCGUUCAGAGUCUAGAUACUUUGUUUGUUCGGUUAAUUCUAUUCGCAAUAUCGCAAAUACAUCAUCACGCAGCGGGUACGAAACUUGCCAGGCAAUGAGCACUACGAUCAAAAUUAACCGACAUGAGAGUCCGACUACACGACCACGCACACCUGGCCAGACGGGGGGCGACAACGCAGGCGCCGAGGGGGCGGAAAUGGUUGCACCCCUUGACCUUGUGACAGCCUUGCGGGAUCCUGUCGCAGGGAGCUCCGAGAGCCCACGCGGGAAGCGCGAAAGUGCGUCAGCUGUCGGAGUAGCAGCCGAGCCGACAACAAAAGGGAACAAGGAGAGCAAUGGCCCCGCACAAAGAGCGGCACUGCUUACGUUUCUGUACUGUAAAAAUGGGCCUCGGCCUCCUAUAUUUUAGUAGCAAGACCCGCUUGCGGCGUCGUGUACUCGUGUUCUGCGGCGUUGAUCUCAACCGGGACUACAAUUAUACCCGGUCCCACUUUGCCAACGCGCUGGUAAGCGUGCUCCGUUCAAGUGUCGAGCGUAGAGAAUAGCCCGCUACUCGCCUUGUUUGAUCGGUCUGAAAGAACAAGUCGCGCCGGGGGGCACAGACUGCGACGACGACGAACUGAAAGCGGGCAGCAUGGCUGUCGUAGGGUAGAGCACGGCAGUCAGCCACCAACCUGGCCCAACGUAGUGGGCUGGACGAUGGAACGAGAGCGAGAAUAGGGCCAAGCUGACGCCUAAGACCCAGCAGCGCAGUGUCUGCUCUCGUGUAUGGGUGAGGCUUUGCAGCUUGCGCGUGCGCCGUUGCGCGCGUUCUUAUAUCGAGGAUUUGGCUUGGGGCGGCGUCUCCUCCGGGUGUUCGUUGACCGUGGGCACUGUUGCCAAACGCGCGCCAAAAUGCCGCAGCGCGACCGGGGUCGGGAGAGCGCUGACCGCUCCAAGUUCGGCAGCAGCCAAAGCAUGCAAAGAAACGAAGAAAAUCUUCGCAGGUCAUGUCUUUGGCUUGGCGCUUGUUAGUUUCGGCACCGAUGCCCGGAGACGGGCGCUUGUUGGACACGUUGGCCAGCUUGGCGCUGGAACUCUGCUCCACUUUAGCAAGCUGCAAGCUGGUCGCGGCGUAGCUGGGUGUUCUUACCUGGCUGGGUGGAAGGUGAAAGAGCUGAGCCGGGUUCGUUGACGCGAAUGGAAAAGGUGGGGGGGCUUUGUUUGUGGGGUAAUGUGCAGAAGUUUCUCGGGAGUUUCGGCUUUUUUUUUCGCUUGAAGUACUUGUUGGUAGUUUCAAGAAGGGCACACGCAGUGAAACUUUGCAUAUUCUAACUCAAAGCCAACGUGGGGACAUCUGAACAAGACUUACCAGCGGGCCAGUAUCCGACACCCCGGAAAAAGCGUUUAGGGAGAAAAAGGCGACCUGCUGUUGGAUGCUCCAGCGAUGAUCCUUUGGAUCCGAUCAAGACUCUCUAUCUUAACGGUGACCCUGGCGCAUGGCCGAAUUAGAAAGGCUCCCUACGUAGUAGCCAUACAUAGGACGCCGAUCACGGAAAUUCUGCGAAUGCAAAGUUAGUAUACUUAUGUCAUCGUCUUGGUUUUCUAAUUCUAAAUGUAAAAAUGUACAGUGAUGAGACAACUAGUAGUUGUCAUUGAAAUGCACAACAAGUAACAGCACGUGAUUGAAUAUCGAUGUGUGUCAUUAAAACGAUGAAAAACAUCAAAUUAACAUAAUUCUUGGGCUCAAGAACAUCCUCAUCUGUCAAAACACAUUUACAUCGAGAUCGACAUCGACAGCGUCCACGUCCUAUCUUAAGUACACAUUGACAUGUAUGAUCUAUGAUGAAAAUGCUAAGAGUUAAUGCAUACUAUGCAGUGAUAUGUGCAUGUAGAGACUCUGAUUGUGAUUAGAACUUUCGAGUGAAAUUCUAGUGCCUUACGUUAUCAUUAUGGGUUUGAAAUGACCGUCCGAACGCAGAAUUGGGUUGGAGGGCUACUUGGCUCUGACAGGGUCAACCCUUGUUGAACAUUCAAAUGAACCGAACAAGAACUGCCGCUUCCGCAUGUUGCAC